AUGGGAGGCAACCAGUCAUGGGUCACGGGAUUCAUCCUGGUGGGACUCCGGCUCAGUGCAGAGAUAGAAGCAUUCCUCUUCUGGAUCUUCUCCCUGUUAUAUAUCUUUGGGCUGCUGGCAAAUGGCAUGAUCUUGGGACUCAUCUGCCUGGACCCCAGACUGCAUACCCCCAUGUACUUCUUCCUCUCACACCUAGCCAUCCUUGACAUGUCCUAUGCUUCCAAUAAUGUUCCCAAGAUGUUGACAAACCUCCUGAACCAGAAGAAAAUCAUCUCCUUUGUUCCAUGUAUAAUGCAGACAUUCUUGUAUUUGGCUUUUGCAGCUACAGAGUGCCUGAUUUUGGCAGCGAUGUCCUAUGAUCGAUAUGUGGCCAUCUGCCAUCCCCUACGUUACACUGUCAUCAUGAGCUGGACAGUGGGCAUGGCCCUGGCUGCUGCUUCCUGGUCAUUUGGAUUUAUCCUCUCUGUUGCACAUUUGAUUCUUCUCCUAAGGCUGCCCUUUUGUGGGCCACGGCAAGUAAACCAUCUCUUCUGUGAAAUCCUAGCUGUCCUCAAGCUGGCCUGUGCUGACACCUGGAUCAACCAAGUUGUCCUCUUUGCUGCCUCUGUUUGUGUCUUAGUUGGUCCUCUUUGCUUGAUGCUUGUCUCCUACAUGCACAUCAUCUGGGCCAUCCUAAAGAUCCCAUCAAAGGAGGGCCGCAGAAAGGCCUUUUCCACCUGUUCCUCCCACCUCUGUGUGGUUGGGCUCUUCUUUGGUAUAGCCAUGCUGGUUUAUAUGGUUCCAGAUUCUAAUCAACGAGAGGAGCAGGAGAAAAUUCUGUCUCUGUUUCACAGUCUCUUUAACCCAAUGCUGAAUCCCCUUAUCUACAGCCUGAGGAACACUCAGGUCAAGGAAGCACUUCAUAGAGCAUUGCUGAAAAAGCCCAUGUGA